CAACAGGUGUCGCAUUCUGUCAGUCCGGGCAUUGCUCUGCAAGGUCUUGGGGGUCUGGUAGCCGUCCCUCUGUGUGAGCGUUACGGAAGGCUCCCCGUCCUCUUCUACUCGCAACUCUUCUCGCUGGCAGCCACGGUGGGCGCGACGCUGGCGCCGUCGUACGGGGCCUUCACGGCGUUCCGGGCACUGCAGGGGUUCGCGGGCGCGCCGCCGCAGGUGCUCGGCCUGUGCGUCGUGCACGACCUCUUCUUCGCCCGCGACCGCGCCCGCAAGGUCAACCUCUGGGCCGCCAGCUUCCUCGUCGGGCCCUACCUCGGCCCCCUCCUCUCCGGCCUGCUCGUCCUCCGCCUCGGCUGGCGCGACGACUUUGCCGUCCUCGCGGGCCUGUACGCCCUCAGCGUCGUCGUCGUCGCUGCCCUCGGGGACGAGACGCUCUUUGUGCGGGCCGGGAUGCCCGCUAGGGUGAGCAGAGAGAAAGGGGCAAACGGGGGCAGGGCAUCAUCAUCAUCUCUGUGGGGAGUGUGGCGGGACCAGUGCUCGCUGCUGGCGCGGCCGUACCUGCUGCUGCCGACGGCGCUGUUUAUCACGCCCAUCACCAUGUGGACCAUCGGCAUGGUGAUGACUGUCUCGCAGUUCGUGCUGCCGCCCGUCUCGGCGGGGGGUUACGGCUUUAGCACGGUCGCGCUCUCCAUGCUGCACUUCUCGCCCAUUGUCGGGACCGUACUCGCCGAGGCCUGGGGCCACUGGUUUAACGACUUUCUCGCGGCGAGGCACAUGGCCCGGUUCGGGCCCGAGUGCCGGCUCACGGCCACCUACCUGGCCGUCCUCGUCGGCGCGGCCGGGCUGGUGCUGUUCGGCCAGACCCUGGACCACCACUUGUCGUGGGUCGGGCUGGCGUUCGGCUGGGCCAUGCUGUGCUUCAGCACGCUCGCCAACAUGACAGCCGUUUCGGCUUACUUGCUCGACUGUCUGCCCCGCCAAGCCGCCCUGACGGCCGCCUGGCUCAACUUUGCCCGCGUUGUUGGUGGCUUCUCGGUAGCCUACUUCCAGAUGCCCUGGUUCCAUCGCAACGGCCCGGCGCUGAGCUUUGGCCUUCAGGCGGUCGUCAUGGUCGGCGCCACGCUCGCAGUCCUGGCAACCCAGAUCUGGGGGCGGACGUGGAGAGUCAGGUUUCCGGCGCCGCGCGGAGGAGAGGGCACUGCGUGA